UUUAUAUAUAUAUAGAUAUAUAAUAAUAGAAUAUAGUGUGAGAUGAGCAGCAAACAGGUAUACGACGUGGCCGAUCCCACGGCCGACGCUCUGAAGGCAUCAGCAUUUGCACAACGGGUCUACACAAAGUGUGUGCGCACUCCAGAGGAUCUGGGCAAAUGGAAACGAUCUCGGGCCUACUAUGACCUGGUGGCUUACAUAAAUAACACCAGCAUGGCCAUACAGGGUCAUCGUCAGGUCGGCGGCUAUGCAGUGUCCAAGCAGAUGCUUAAAUUGUGCAAAAUCUUCAAUUGGCUGGAUCGUCUGGUAUAUCAAUGUCAUCCGUUGGGCGCGGGACAGGGACUGCUCCGUUGUGUUGGCGAGGACAGACUCGAUACGAUGGAAUCGACACAUUCGCUGGGCCAGAAAUGUCAUCGCGCGUAUCGGCAAUGGACCAAGUUGGUGCAGGAGAAGAUCUUCUCGAUACUGGAGUCCCAGGUGAAGCCCCACUGCAAGCACGUCAAUGAGCUGGCCCAGUAUUUGACCCGCUCCUUUGGUAGCUUACAGCAUUACGACUACGGACCCGGCAAUGAGCUAAUGUUCCUGUUCUUUUUGUGCGGCCUGUUCAAGUCGAGCAUAUUGCAAAGCGAGGAUACAGUGGCCGCUGCCCUAUUGUUGUUCCAACGCUAUCUGGAUCUGGUGCGCCGCCUGAUGACCUUCUUUCGCCUGGUCCCGACUAGUGUGCGUGACAAUAACGUGAUCGACGAUCGCAACAUUCUGCCAUAUAUCUGGGGCUGUGCUCAGCUCUGUCGGGAGCAGCCGUUCGCGCCGCCACAAUGCGAAAAGCCGGCCAUAAUGGAGGCACAUCGCCAGAACUAUAUGCUGCUCAGCAGCCUGGAGCAUCUCCAGAAGAUAAUGGGCAAUGUCGCACUCGGCGUGCACUCGUAUCAGUUAUGGUGUGUGCUCUCGCUGUCGAACUGGCCGGAUGCGUACUCUGGCCUGAUGGGCACUUAUCUCAAGUAUGUGCUGAACGACUUUUACAUCAUACAGGAUCUGAUCUUUUGCGAAAUGUUGUCUUUUGCGCGCCAGCCCCUCGAGUAUAUCCAGCGGGCUUUUUUGGGUGAGCUGCCCAAGCAGGAGACAUCCUCUUCACAAACUGAUGACGAUGAGGAGGAGGGUGAGGAGGAACAGGAGCUGGAGCCGGAGCCAUAUCUGGCGAUGAGCGAGAAGCACAAGCAGAAACAGAAACAGAAACAGGACAUCAAAAAUCAACAGCAAGAAUUGCCAUUGGGCCCGCCCGUGCCACUGCACAAAAGCCUCAACACAGAUGUCUUUCUCGGCUAUAAGGAUCCGCGCAAGGCGAGCGAUCAGGGCGAGGAUUCACACAUCAAAAUGCUGCGCCGGCAACGUAACCAAAAGAAUCAGCUACUCGAAAAGUCCUCGAAUCAGGUAGAUUCAAAACGCCAAAUAAGCCCAAGGCUGAGCCUAGAAUCGGGUGGCUCCGAUGAUUUUGGCAAAUUGAAUGAACUUUUGGGCAUCGAGAAGUCGACCAAAAGUCAAUCAACCGUCUCAAUCUACAGCAUCUAACGAACAUCUACUGCAAGGACCGUCGAAAGCAAAAGAUACACUUUAUAUAUUUAUAUAUUCAUAUAUAUAUAUAUAUAUAUCUGUCAGUUCCUGUCUGUUCAUCAAAAGGGGCUCUGUUGAAAUGUUAUUAUUUAACAUACAUAGAUAUGUAGAUAUAUAUUAUAACACGCUAUGUAGCUGUUACUAUCUGUCUCUCACUUACACAAACACACGCACACACUGCCACACACACACACACGCUCCGUCUCUGUCUCUCUAAUUUGCUCUUGGACAUUAAAUUCGCAGCUGUUUUAUUUCGUGAGUGUGUUUGUG